AUGCAUCUAUAUCGAUUGACCCUUGUUGUGCUGGCGCCUUUGCUGGUCCAGGCCCUCGUCCGAGACGUACCAGGUCUCAAUGGACCCGUCCCAUACGUCCCAUGGACAGCCGGGCAGAAGAAAACACCAUCUGAAUUCGUGCACCCGGGCCUCUGGCACUCGCACCAGGAUCUUGAAACAAUGAGAACGGGCGUUCUGGAAGGGAAGGAACCCUGGAAGUCAGGCUACGAGGCCUUCGCGAAUAGCUCAUUCUCUCAAGCUGCGUACGAAAUUCAAGGCCCGCACGCCGUAAUUUCGCGCGGGUCUGUCAGUAACUACACCUCGUUUGCGAAUGAUGCGCGCGCUGCGUAUCAGAAUGCUAUUAUGUGGUAUAUAACCAAGGAUGAAGCCUACUGGACCCGCUCAACAACAAUCCUCGACGCAUGGGGCACAAACCUUACUGAUAUAAUCGGGACCGACCGGUCGCUCCUAAUCGGGAUCGAAGGAACACUCCUCGUCAACGCGGCCGAGAUCAUGCGGUGGGAAGGCGGAUGGAAGGAGGCCGGCGCCGCAUGGCAAGGCGGAAAGGGCUUCAGCGUGCAGCUAUACUGGCUGUUCCUGCGGCAGAGCAUCAUAAUUGGGCAAGCUAACUAUGGCAUCGCAUCCAUCAAGGCGCUCCUCGAUUUUGCGGUGUACCUGGAGGACGUGUCGGCGUACAACUACGCGAUCUGGGCGUGGAAGAACGACCCGUGCGCCGGGAUCGAAGCGACCAUUAACAGCCGCACGGGCCAGAGUUCCGAAUCCGGGCGCGACCAGGGACACGCGAUGAACAGCCUCGGCUGGCUUGCCCUCGCGGCGCGCACGUCCAAGAACCAGGGACAUGACCUAUUCGGCUACGCGAAUAAUCUGCUCCUGCACGGCACGGAGUACGUGGCGAAAUAUAACCUUAACGAGUCGGUCCCGUAUGACCCCACAUUCCGCCGGUGCGAGUCGGUGUUGGUCGAUGGGCCGUGGGAGGAGAUCUCGAAGUUUAAUCGCGGGGUCGUGCGCCAGUCUGAUGGGACUGUCAAGAAGUCGCCGGCCGUGUGGGACUUGCUGUACUAUACUUCUGAGGCGAAGGGGUUACGGAAUCCGUGGACGACUCGGGCGAAGGACGCAUAUGAUAAGGCAGGCGGAGAGGUUGUUACGGGGGGUGAGAUGCCGGGAUUCGGGGACUUACUCUGGGCGGCUGCGAAAUAG